AUGACUACCGGCUCACUUUUAAUCCCUACGGAGAAUGAUUACUUGGACGCCCAUGCAGGACAAGAGCAACAACAACAAUACCAACAACUCUGGCAAACGAAAUUGAAAAAUAAAACUAACCCACAUGGCCAAUUGGAGUUCCCAUGGGAUUUCGAGCCUGUGCAAGGGUUUUUCAAACAAAGUGAUCCAGCCACAGAUGAUGCUGUUUUCAAUUAUGCUACUGAUCGUAUGGGAAGGUUGGCAAGUUGGAAGGACAUUAUUCAACAAUUGAUUCAGUUGAAUCAAGAAGCUCCCGACAACGUUGAAUAUAAGCUUUUGUUCCUUGCUAGACAUGGGAACGGAUAUCACAAUCAAGUCGUGGAGGCUUAUGGGUUAGAUCGCUGGAAUAAGGAAUUGCAUAAACUUGGCAAGAUUGAUGGAAUUGAGUACGGACCUGAUCCACAGUUGACACCUUUAGGAAUGGCACAGGCUGAAGAGAAUCAUCGGUUGUGGCAGCAGGAAUUGAAGGAAGGCGCACCUGUUCCUUCUAAAUUCUUUGUUUCACCUUUGCAAAGAUCGUGCAAGACUUUGCAAAUCACUUGGAAUGACUUGAAACCAAGAGACAAAGUGCCUUAUGUUGAUGAAUUGAUUAGAGAAACCAUUGGAAGGAACUUGUGUGAUAAGAGAUCUCCAAAGCGGGUCAUCAAGGAAAGAUUCCCCGAAUUCAACACUGAUGGAGUUGUGGACGAAGAGGAUGUAUUAUACCAUGAUGACGAAAGAGAGUCUAUGGUUGAUCAAUCCAUCAGAAUCAAUAAGUUUUUGCAAAAGUUGUUCGAACUGGAUUACAACUUGAAAGCUGGCAAAGUAGACAAACAUUUAGCGGAGGAUCAUAUUUUCAUAGCCACUUAUUCACAUGCUGGAACCAUUCGAAGUUUUAUCAAUGUGUUGGGUCAUCGAAACUUUACAAUUUCUACCGGCGGGAUGCUUCCUGUUGUUGUGAAAGGUACCCGGAGAAGUUGA